AUGCGGGGAUUCAACUGGAAGGCGCUGCUCUCUUUGGAGAUUCUCUGUCUUUCACUAUGCUCCCUCGCUGUCGCACAAGACAUAAUCAAAAUUGGCGUUGUUAUGCCAUACUCCUUAAAAGUCAGAAGCAAAGCAAAGGAAAUUAGCGCUAUCCUCCCAGCCGUUGAGCUCGCCAUUAAUGACGUCAAAAACACUACGCUCCUCAAUGGUACUGACUUGCAAGUGAUUGUCAAGGAUUCUUGGACCCGCGAGUAUGAAAAUACAACACUCGUAGACUCAGCUUCUCAGGCACUGGCCGUGACUGCAGAACUGAUCAAUGACGACAAGGUUAUCGCUGUGAUUGGUGAUAUGUUCAGUCCAACGACUGAAUAUGAAGCCCUGCUUACGAGCUACCAUCAAAUUCCUCAAUUUGGGCCACAAACGUCGAGUCCAGCAUUGAGCAACCGCGAUAGAUACCCGUACCUGUACAGAAUGACACAUGAUCAGGAGAGGCCGGCAGUAACAAUAGUCGACUACGUCUAUGCAAUGGGUUGGCGCAAUGUCGCCGUUGUGAAGACUACCGACACUUUCGGCGCUUCUGUUGCCGACAAGGUCAUUGAAAGAUUAAACUUAUACGGAAUCACGAUUCUACUUAAUCAAGGUUUUUAUCAAGGUGGUGAAACCGAUCCAGCGACCCUUCAAAUAGCUGUCAAGAAUCUAGAACAGGCUGAGGCGCAUAUCAUAAUCGUGUGUGCCAAUCCCCAGAAUACAGCGGACAUUUACUUUGCUGCAUUUGACGCCGGAUUGGUCGGAAGGGAGUACGUUUGGCUGGGAGCAGCAGGCAUUGAAGACUCUGGGGAAGCCUUAUUAGACCGCUUUGGGCCGGAAGCAAUCCUCCGAACCCAAGGCUUUAUUGCUGCUUGGCCUGUAAACGGAGCGAGCUCCGCCUCGGGAAGGGCUUGGAGAACCCGCUGGGAGGAGCUUGCAAGUAGCAACGAAAGUUAUUAUCCAAUAGCCUCCGAUGGUCCAUAUUAUACCUCAAGAGCGGCCUAUGAUAUUGUCCGGACACUUGCUAUGGGAUUCAACAACCUUUUGACCCAGAAUCUGGGAACUACUGCCGAUUUGGCUGCCGGCCGCUUGAACAAGUACAUGAAUUUAACUCUAUUUCAAAAGACCGGGUGGGUUGGAGCACUUGGCAAGAUUGUUCUUGACGACGCCGGAGCUUUAGUGAAAAAGUUUGAAGUAUGGGCUCAAGAUGGGAACGAUUACGAAGAAGGCGGCCAAUUACUGGCUGAAGUCACCGUGGACGGUGAGUUCAGUUUGACCGACACGCCGUUCUGGAAUUAUGACAAAAGCGACUAUAUUCCUCCGGACAAGCCCGAAUACAUUGUAUGCGCAAAAGGAGAAGAAGCACGACGUCGUGGGGACCAACUGGUUUGCACCCCAUGCCCCGACGGAACGUACAACAUGCACACCAACUCCACCUGCAAAGCUUGUCCAGUCGGUGCUGUUUGCAAGGAUGGAAUAAGCGUUCUUACUCGUCAAAAUUACUGGCGAAAUCCAAACGAAACCAUUAUCGAACGAGCCUUCUAUCAGUGUCCUUUCGGCGGAUCGUGCUGUCAGUCUUCCUCCGGUUGUGCAUCUGAAGCACAAUGCAUCGACCACUUCACGGGGCCUCUUUGUGGUCAAUGUCAGCCAGGCCUUUACUCGUGGAGUGGCAAAUGUGUAUCGUGCGAUAAUUAUAGUCCGGGACCUCUGAUUCUACUGCUGUUGGCUUAUGGAGCAGUUGUUGUUGCUUUCUUCAUCCUGCCCAAACAAGCAAGUGGUUUCUUUGAGGAUUUGGUUUUCUUCUACCAAUUAUCUGGCUUCGUUUUGGAACAACAAGAUAGUGCAGCCGAAUCGGUUGUCAACUUUAUGGAACUUCGCUUUGAUAUCCAUUUGUUAUCCCAUCCUUGCGUGGCCCCUCUGACUCCGAUCGCAAAAGAGGCGCGAGCAGUGUUCACCCCACUUAUCAUGUUGGGAUGGUUCAUUUUGCUUGCCGGCGCUUGCGUCGUGUGCAAAAAGAUAUUUGGGAAUUCUCGUGCCGCAAAAUUAUGGAGUAAGAUACAAAACUUGCCACUAAGGCAAAACUUACACGCGACCGCCUACUGCAUCGGAUUAUUCUGUUACGGUCCGCUCUUCGAGACCUGUAUUUCUUUUCUGGAUUGCAUAAAAGUCGAAGGACAGGGGUGGUUUAUGCGGACCAAUCCAGGGAUCAUGUGCUGGGAGGGUAAGGAUCACAUCACCCUCGCCGUGUUUUCCAUCUUGAUUGCUCUGUUUCUCCUAUGUGGUGUACCAUGGGUCUUAUUACGACAUCUUCGGUAUCUGAAGCGCAGUCAUCGGAUGUUUUACCCACAUGCACACCAUCACGAGCCAAGACCCUUGAAGCCUAAGCCGGGAAAGCAUGUUGAUAGUACGAAGCAGGCCGAGGAUCUAGGAAGUGUUGCCGAUUUGAUCCUAUACGCUGAGUUUAAACCCCAUCUGUGGUUCUGGCUGCCGUUGGACACGGUGAUGCGUGCCAUCAUUUACUCUGUGGCGACUCUUCUUGGUCAAGCUGCUUACGGUCGUACGUUGAGUGUGCUCUUUAUGGCUUACGUUUAUCUCCUCAUCUUCAUCUUUGUUCAACCGGCGGAAACCGUCGUCGAUAACGCGGUGCGCAUUGUUACCUACAUUUCUCUCGUAGCACUUGCCAGCUUGAAUCUCGCCCGCGCGAUAUUUACACAAGGCGGGAUGGUGCAUUCUUCCAUUUCCGACGGAGUGGCAAGUGCAUUCCUUGCGAUCCCCGUUGUCCUCGUGCCACUCAAGCUUCCGUGGCGCCGAAUGCUCAAGUUGCGAGGUGCCCCCAAAGAAGGCGUGAUGGAAGCUGUUGACAUUAUUGUCAAGAGUUUUGACUCUAUUGCGGGUCAGAUCAAUCAACGCUCCAGCCGCAAUUUGAGGGCUUCCCAGGUCCAAGUAAGCACAGGCGACCCAGGAAGUCUGCAGGUUCCCAGUAACAUCAAGAAAAGCGCAACUUUAUACCCGCCUGCUAAUCCGCACUUGGAUGUGGAACAUGCAGCAUAA